UGCACAGAAAGAAAGUCCAGCAUUCUUCUCCUCCUCGCCUCUAGUUCUCCUCAUGGCUCCGGCCGCAAAACGAAAGCAGGCCGGAGUCGAAGAACAGUCGCCAAUCUCUGCGUCCAAGAAUGGCAUCAAGCGCCAAAAGACCUCUAUUUCAGAUCCAACCGAUUCGAUAGAAACUCCUCCGCCGACGCCAAAACCAGCAACGGCCGCGAAAGCACGGAAACCAACUGCGGCAAAGAAUGCUACGCUGAAUGGCAGCCAUUCUGCGCCUAAUGGAGUCGCGGUGGCCGGGGCGGAUGAUGUAUCGUCUGGGGAUUACGCUCCGGCUGUCGAUUCACCCGCAGCUCUAAUGGCAGAACGAAACGCUGCGCGAGAAGACGGAGAUGUAGAAGGCGAUAGCGGCCAUGGCGGAGAGCAGUCGAAGUCCACUGCAAAACUCCAGGCCUCAACCGACAAGCCUGCUAAAACUUCCGGAUCAGGCGCCCAGAAUGUAUUUCCCAACGGAGCAGAGGCUUCCCGUCAAGGUUCCACACGCGAUGCUAUGCCAUCGACGGCUCAGCUUUCCGAUUCUCAAACUAUCCGACCGACUAUUGAGCAGCCACCAGCGAUGGAGCCGGCGAAAAAGAAGCCGGACAAGGUGAAGUCCAAAGACCGCGAGAAGCGAGACAAAUUGUACCAGUACUGCUUGAAGAAGAAGCCCGUGGGCGAAAUCUUUUCGCUUAAGGAACUUCAGCAAGCCAAUGUCGCAGACGAUGAUCAGGACCUCCUAGACUUAUGCCAAUCGCUGGUCACACACUUUUUAUUCACAGUAAUGACGUUGAAUCGCGGCGUUCUCUAUAAGACGCGGUCCUACGACGUCGCCAAAAAACUUGCUGGAUUUAGCGACAAUCACAUCCUGAUAUACAGCUUGAUCGAGAGCUCUGGACGGGCCGGUGUAUGGAUGCGACCGCUCGAGAUCAAGAGUGGGCUUCACACUGCCAUCGUCAGGAAGGCAGUAAGAGAGCUUGUCAGUGCCAAAGUCGUGCAGGAGAUCAAGUCUGCCGAGACGAGCAAGAAAACGUAUAUCAGCGCCGAUGUUAAACCAGACGAGAGGCACAUUGGCGGCGGGUUCAUGGACGAAGGCAAGUUCGAUGAGGGCAUGAUCAAUAUUCUUACGUAUGUUGUCACACAGUUUCUGACAGAAAAGAGUUGGGCGAAACAAGACAUCCGCAUCUCGGAUGACGCGUUAGAGGAGGAUAGACCAGCCACUCCGCCCAAGGACAAGCCCCGAAAGCCUCCUCUGAAGCCUUCCAAAAUUGUAACAGGCUCAGCAGAUGCUGCAGCGGGAAAGCCUGGGGCUAAAGGAAAAGCAACGCAGGAUCGAGGCGAAAUUUACGUCGCUCCACCGCCACCACGCGAGCGGAAUCUCUACCCAGCAUGGACCCGAAAUCGCCAAGCCCUGAUCCCCCAGCACCCGCACUACUACUCCAAGUACCCCACCUCCAUCGAUGUCAUGCUUGAAAUCAAUGAAAAGAAGGUCAUCAAGGACAUUGUCCUUACGCUCAAAGAUACAGAACAACUCCUCUCCAAAAUGGAGUUCGAUGGUUACAUCGAGCGUAUACGAGACUACGACGGAAACCUGAACAUGAAGGAGCCCCGUUGGCGUGCAUGCAAGCGCAGCUGGAAAAUGGACCUUAGGAACGAGAGCAGCCAGCAUUUUGGCUCCCUUGAGCCGGACACAAAGGGCUGGCUGCCUGGCAACGGCCUGAGUCAGGUGCCUUGUGCCAGGUGCCGCGUGAAGAUGAAGUGUCGGCCUGGCGGUAUUGUUAGUCCAGAGGGGUGUGUGUAUUUAGAUGAUUGGCUGAAGUUCUAACCAGCAAGCCAAAGGGUGUUGUGGCGAACAACGGUGUGAUCAACAAUGUAUGUAUGACUUGAGCAAGAGAGGCAACUGACAUGUGGAUCUAAGAAGGACGUAAAAAGCAUUGGGAACUGGGCGUUCGAUGAUGGCAUGUAAAACGACGGCAGUUUAGGUCACGGCUGCAGCACUAUUGCAUAGCGAAGGCGUCUAAAAAAUUACCUCACGACAUCGGAUAUGGGGUCUAUAUUCGAAUCGAUCAAGCGCUGCGAAGCGCUCCCUGCCUCGGAAAGAUAGCUCAUGCAUUCGUAAUAAAGAGCACGCAGAUCACGUAAAAGAAUCCUCGAC